AUGAAGUCCUUCUCGAUCUCCCUCGCCCUCUUGGCCGUGGCUACCAUGGCCCGUGCCGACGUCUCCGUCAGUGAUUGCGCACAAAUGUGCGUGAGCAACAUGAACAACCUGGCGUCCGAGCUGGGCUGCUCCAGCGGCGACAUGUCGUGCCUGUGCGGCAACGCCAACUACAGCUACGGCAUCCGCGACUGCACAGCCGAGGCCUGCCCCAAUGACGACGCCAGCGCCGUGCUCUCGUCGGCUCUCGCUUCAUGCCCGACCUCCAGUAGCGCCAACUCUGCCUCGGCCACCGGAGCCUCCUCCACUGGCGGUGCCGGGCCUGGCGCAACCACCUCGGGUGCGUCGGCCAGCGGAUCUGGCUCGUCGGCCAGCGGCAGCGGUGCGACCAACUCUGCUGGAGCCACUACCGGCAGCACCAGCGGUGCCACGAGUGGUGCCACUUCUGGCGCGACUACCGGUGCCACCACCACUGGCCCGACUACCCUCAGCACGGCCACCAGCAGCGGAUCCAGCUCCUCCGACUCGACCAGCGGAUCCGGAUCGUCUACCAGCAGCGGCAGCUCCAGCGGCUCUUCCGGCAACAGCUCUUCCGGCAGUGGUUCUGGUUCCUCGGGCAGCGGCUCCACCGCAACCGGCACUGCUCCCUCCUCGACCUCGUCUGGCGCGGCUUCCAAGACCCUUGUUGGCAGCGGUGCCGUCGGCGCUUUCGGUCUGGUCGCCAUGAUGCUUAUCUAA